AUGUUACUGAACGUCGCCAAUUCUAUAGGGAAUUUAACUAGAUAUUCGCCCUUUUGUUUUGUCAAUAAAAAGCUAUUGCAGAUUCCUCAAGAUUACGGUUACGAAAGCCUAAUAAUGGUUAAGAAGCAACCGGAUUCUCCUGAUUCAAAAUCGAAGUUGGUGAAGACUGAAGUCAAGAAAACGAGCAAGGCAGAAACCUCCAAAUCGGCCAAGAAAACCAAGAAAGCUGACGCGAAGAGCCUCGUUCAGACGAAAAUUGAGUUUUCCAGUUCUUCCCCUACCAAAUGGGCAGUUUUACCACCCUAUGACCCAAAUCUGGAUGUCAAAACUGAGUUCCAAAAGCUUGUUAACCUGAGGAACAAGUCACACAUUUACGUCGGCGCACACGUCUCGGCCUCAGGAGGCCCGGACGUCUCGGUUGUUAAUUCGUUCAAUGUCCUAGGUCAAUCCUUUGCCUUGUUUCUGAAGAAUCAGAGGUCGUGGAACUUUAAACCACUGAGUCCGGAGUGGAUUGCAAAGUUUAAGAAAAACUUGGAAACGUUUGCAUACGAUCCGAGAUUUAUUUUACCUCACGCUUCUUACUUGAUAAAUGUAGCAAAUCCAGAUGCAAACAAGCGUAAGAAAGCAUUCGAAAACUUUUUGGACGAUAUAAAACGCUGCGAAAAAUUGGGAAUCCAACUCUACAACUUUCACCCAGGAUCAACAUGUGGGCUGUGUGAAAAGGAAGAAGGAAUUAUGCACAUAUCAGACUGCAUUAACGAGGCCUUGCAUCUGUCCUCCGGAGUUACCAUUGUGCUUGAAAAUGCAGCCGGCCAGAACAACGUAAUUGGAUCAAAGUUUGAAGAUUUAAGGGAUAUAAUCAAUCAAGUAAAAGAUAAAACAAGGGUCGGAGUCUGCCUGGACACGUGCCACUUAUUCGCAGCCGGAUUUGACAUUAGGACCCACGAGAAGUUUGAGGCAGUUAUGAAGAGCUUUGAUGAUAUAGUCGGACUGAAGUACCUGAAGGCAGUUCACCUCAACGACUCGAAAAGUGACCUGGGAAGCGGACUGGACCGCCACGAGAACAUUGGAAAGGGGAAGCUGACGAAGGAAACGUUCGAGUUUAUCAUGAACAGCGGAUACUUUAAGGAAAUUCCCAUUAUCCUGGAAACUCCGACCAAGGAGGGCGACGAGUCCGUCUAUAGGCAGGAAAUACAGCUGAUGUAUAGCCUGUAUAAGGGCUAA